AUGGCGUUGGUGUCUAAGCCGAAUGCGACGGCUGCCGUGUGGGAGCACUUCGGCUUCAAACCCAACGGCCGGGGCGAACCAACUAACCUGAGCGAGCCGACAUGUCGCAUUUGUUUGAAAACCAUAUUAACAAAACGCGCCAAUACAACCAACCUGAGUCUUCACCUCAAACACAAUCACCCGAUGCAGUUUUCCCAGCUUGGGAAAAAACAAACAGGCGGGAACCCUCCGUCUUCCCGACAGUCCACAAUCACUGCGGCGUUUAGUCGGCAAACGAAGUACAAACAGGACAGUGCAAAAUGGUGCGCGCUCACUGACUGUGUAGUUCGCUUCAUCGCUAGAGAGAUGAUGCCCUUUAGUAUCGUGGAAAAGCCUGCAUUUCGACGAAUGCUGCAAACAUUUGACAGCCAGUACGAAUUGCCUGGGAGAACAUACGUGUCACAAACGGCAAUUCCACAACUGUACAACAGUGUAAAAGACGAGAUACUAAAGGAGAUGAAAGACAUCCAAUUUUACUCUGCCACUACAGAUAUGUGGUCAAGUACAAACAUGACCCCCUAUCUGAGCUUGACCAUACACUACAUAACUGCUGACUGGACCCUGCACUCCAAGUGUUUAGAGACCAGAUAUGUCCCAGAUAAUCAUACUGCUGACAUCCUUGGAGAAAACCUGAAGUCUGCUUUAGCAGACUGGGGACUGGAUGAGCACAAACUAGUCUGCAUCACUACAGAUAAUGGUGCUAACAUUGUUGCUGCAAUAAGGAAUCUUGGCUGGUCCUGGCUCAAUUGCUUUGGCCACAACCUCCACCUUGCUGUGUGCCAUGGUCUGGACGGCGACAAAGAUCGGACAGCGCGUGCAAUAGGACUCUGUAAAAAUUUGGUCAACGCAUUCAACCUGAGCUGGCUUAAGAGGAGAGACCUGAGGAAGGCACAGAGUGAAGCUAAUCUCCCCCAACACAGUCUAAUACUGGAUGUUGUCACACGAUGGGGCACUAAGCAGAAGAUGGUAGAGAGGGUGCUCGAGCAACUCCCAGCCAUAAGAAGUGUCCUGGUUCAAGACAGAAAAUAUAGCCACCUCAAUCCAACCUGGCAGGAUGUUUCUGUGUUGGAGUCCAUCAACGCAGCAAUGAAACCACUAGCUGACUUAACAGACAUCCUCUCAGGGGAAAAAUACGUCACAGUGUCCUCAGUUAAACCUGUGCUGGAACUGAUUAAAGACGACCUUCUCUCUCCAGGCCCCGAUGACACUGCACUGACAGCCAGCAUUAAAGAAAGGAUGUGCAGGGUCCUGACUGAAAAGUACAAAUCACCUGCAAUCCAAGUCCUUCUGAGAAAGGCCACCAUCUUGGAUCCAAGGUAUCGUGGCAGCAUGGAGGAGGCAGAGGCAUUGGAUGAUGUCAAACAACAACUUGUCCAAGAGCUACUGGACAUACAAGGGCCAGAAGAAAUUGGAGAAGGUGCCAGUAGUGAGAGCUGCAGCCAAGCUGCUGGAGGAAACAUGGGUGAACCUACUGCUGCCGCACCCACCAAGAAGAAGAGGCUGAGUGACCUUCUUCAAAACAGAAAAGCUCAUCUCACAAGUCAGACCCAGGCUUCAUUACCGAAAAGAGUGCAGGCUGAUACAGAGCUGACCAAAUUCCUCCAAGAAGAUGCAAUUGAUGCAGCUUGUGAUCCCUUAAUGUGGUGGCAUGACAAUCAAAGAAAAUUUCCUUUGAUGGCAAAGUUGGCCCAAAAAUACAUGUGCAUUUGUGCAACAAGCACCAGCUCAGAGAGAAUGUUUAGCACAGCUGGCAACAUUGCUACUCCUGAGAGAUCCUGCCUUAAGCCACACAAAGUCAACAUGUUGGUAUUUCUUGCUCGGAAUCUGCAAGACUAAAGUUGCUACAGAUUUGCCUAUGACCUGUUGAGGCAUCUGCUUUCUGUCAUGUUUUUUGUUGUUCGUUUGCACAAAGGUCCUAACUGACAGUUUUGCCUGUAUGUCUGAGCCUAAUAUUUAUUAUUUUUUGAAGUGCAAUCUUGUUUACAUCCUUUUUAUUUAGUGUUUCAAUUUUAUUUAUUGUUUUUGGUUGUGUUUGGUUUUUAUUCAAGAGAAAUUUUUGUUAAAAUAGAUUUUAUUUAUUGUUUUUGGUUGUUUUGUUAAUUUAUUCUGGAUAUUUUAAAUGUUUUCCAGACUUCCAGUUCCAGUGUUCUCUAAAAAUAAAUGUUUAUUGUUCUUCGAAAGGGUGUACGUGCAUUAUUAUGCCAUUAUGUUCUUGGAGAAUGCGUUUGACGCUGACGCCAGCUGCUA